UAACAUAGUGCCUUAGGUAUAAGUGAAUUGUUUAGAUUUCGUCGUUUGUUUCGUUUCGACUUAUAAAACAUCUGGGAUUAUCCACUACAGCAUCACCAAGUUGACGAUGAGAUCCAGUUCAAUUACAGAGGCCUUCCCUCCAAUAGAUUAUUAUGACCGGGAGAAGAUUCUGCCACGGCCUCUAGUGCUAGAUCGUGUCAUGGAAGGCCGACCAUUAGUAUCUCGAAGCAGGCUACUUCAAUUACCGUCCGAUAUUUUAACUGACAUAGUCAAUCUAUUAAUUGGCGACAAGUCAACUCUGGCCUCUUUAGCUAAAGUCAAUAGCGAUUGCAGACAGUUGGCUCGUUCGAGCCAGUUUGGCAAGAUCAAGUUUAACUACGCCAACUCCCGAGCUCGGCAGUUACUAUCGAAGCUUGGCCAAGAGCAUAUAUCUAGAAGGGAUAAUAAUAAACAAGGUCCAACCAUCGGAGCUUGCGUGCGAUGGAUCCUAACGGCUUCACAGCCAGACUUUGUAAUUUGCUUCAUGAGAGAUGAAUCGUUUCAGACUACGAAUAGGGAAACCUCAGCACAGCGUGAAGAGCAAGCUCACCAACAAUACAAGUUGUUACGUGCCGAUGUUCAAAGAGUUAUCUGCUCUGCUCUGCCUAACCUUGAGGUUAUCGUUUGGCAUGACACAUAUCCUAUGGAAAUCUCAUUUUUUAAACACAUAAUGGAAUCACCGGCCCGUCACCUAUGGCUCAGACGACUGCCUAUCGAGAGACAAACCAUCGUUACAUUCUUAGAGGAACGUCCUAUACCGCCAACUUGGCCAUUACGCUCCCUUGUCAUAUCUCUGUAUUUAGAGCUUCUGCCACGAGAACCAGCGCGAGAGGAGACUCACUUCGAGCUUGCGCCGGCUCGGUUCUUCGAUUUACUUCUUCGAUCGUGUGCACCUACUCUCGAAUCCCUAACCUGGCUGCUGAGAAAUAAAUCUAUUAACGGAAAGCUCAUCCCUCAACACUCUAACGACGAGCUCAUAUCCUUUCCUCAUCUCCGUCUCCUAAGGAUUGGCGACUUGGGGCCGCCUCGUUCUAUACUUCCAUCAUUAUUCAGCGCUCCUCUUAGGCACCUCUCAAUAGAUCCACAGCCUGACUUUGAGCUUCGUGAUAUCCUCGCUGAUUGCGGUACUUUCUCGGAUCUCGAGACGUUGGUCGUCCAGCCUCUCCCUGAAUCCAGGGAAGACGCAGAAUUCAUCGCGGGUUUUAUUGCGAGGCACGAUACGGUAAAGAAGCUACAAGUAUCAGAAUACGUGCAGGCGCGUGACGAAACGGCGCACCUUGACGCGUGUAUCAUCCCGUUGUUCUAUACGGGGAGGUUUGAGCAUCUUAGGACUCUCUCCUUGGCGUGGGGUGGAGGUGACUACAGCAAAAGGGAGCAGUAUACCAUUUCCGUGUCGGUGGCCUCACUAACGGCUAUCGCCUGCCUCGCGUCCCUUGAGGAGCUAAGCCUCGGCGCGGCAAUCGAGGCUGGGCCGCGUUGUCACUGGCUGGUCGACCACGACCAGUUACGCGAUAUCUUCUUCAAGCUAAAGAAACUAAAAGGACUCGCUCUCUACCACGAGAGAUAUCCCUGGGAAGUCCUCUCCAAUUUCGAAAACCACCAGCGAUAUUACGUGGACCAGUCGUUUACCGACGACGAAAUAUCCGACGUGUUGGCUAGACUCGAUCUCGAGGAAGACCCGGCGGAGCUAACCCGCAUCGUGGAUGAAGGAGGGGACGACAUCGAUAGGGCGUUGACAAUGUGGGAGGUCCUUCAUCGCAAUCGCAUGCUUAAGCUGACGGAGGCCUGGGCUGCUGCGUUCCCUAGCCUAAAGUGGACUUACUUUGGUCAAUGGUUUAUGGGUGUUAAGGAGGAGCUGGGACUGGGGGAUCCGGGGCGGAAGAAGGCGGUGCCGCUGACGGAGAGGAGGUCUGAGCAUUGCCAGUUUCUCGUGGAUACGUUUACUAUAGCGGGGUUUGAGGGGUGAUUUUUAUUAUGUAUGUGGUGUGACUGGGUAUAGGUAGAAAGGCGAAAGAAGACUGCUCGUCGUCGCGGAUAGGUCGUUAUCGUGAAUGUUACUACAAAUAUAAAUAAAGUCGGGGGCAUUAUUAUCUUUUCAGGCGUUUAUAGCUUUACAAUAUGAACAGUAAAGGGGAAAUGGAUGAAUGUAUCAUUUUUAACUCUCCCUGUAACUACAUAGCACCUAAGUAACGUUAAGAAAUGUAUUAAUGACUGG